CAGCCAGCCACAAGUUCCGUCAUCCACGAAGAGCAGGAGAAAUUGCUUGAUGAAGCCGCCCAAGUCGUCAAAAGUGAAUCAUUCUUAAUGAAGAGAUGGCUGGACCAAGGAAAGUUAAUGGACGCUCUCAAGCAUGCAUCCAAUAUGCUUUGCGAACUACGAACUUCCAUGUUAACGCCGAAAAACUAUUAUGUGCUCUACAUGCAAGUAAGUAAUGAAUUGCAACAUUUAUCAUUGCACUUAAUGGACGAAUUCGACAAGAAUACCCUCCCAAAUGAUUUAUAUGAAUUGGUCCAAUACGCCGGCAAUAUUGUUCCUAGACUGUAUUUAUUGGUUACAGUCGGAGUUGUAUUUAUAAAGUGCAAGUUUUCAUCCAGAAAAAGUGUGUUAAAAGAUCUAGUGGAAAUGUGCCGCGGUGUCCAACAUCCGUUAAGAGGCCUAUUCCUUAGAAAUUAUCUGUUGCAAUGCACCCGAAAUCAAUUACCAGACGUAGAUGAAGACGCAAGUAGUAGCAAUGAUGGUGAUGUACAAGAUUCCAUCGAUUUCAUCUUGCUGAACUUUUCUGAAAUGAAUAAGUUAUGGGUUCGUAUGCAACACCAGGGCCAUACACGUGAUAAAGAUAGACGUGAAAAAGAGCGCCAAGAACUCUGUCUACUCGUUGGUACUAACCUUGUUCGUUUGAGUCAAUUAGAUGGAAUAGAUGUCACAAGAUACAAAGAGAGUGUACUCUCGAGUGUCUUAGAACAGAUUGUCAACUGCAAGGAUCCUAUAUCCCAAGAAUAUCUCAUGGAAUGUAUUAUACAAGUAUUUCCGGAUGAAUUUCACUUACAAACCUUGAACUCUUUGCUAAAAGCUUGUCAGAAAUUGCAAAGUCCUGUCAAUGUUAAGAAAAUCAUUGCUGCUCUUGCUGAUCGUUUGGCUGCUUUCGCUCAACGUGAUGACGGUCCUGGAAUACCAGAGGAAAUAAAGUUGUUUGAAGUAUUCUCUGAAGAAGUCUCCAGUGUUUUAAAGUCACGAUCAAGCACUAUGCCUAAGGAAGACAUGAUUACCCUCCAAGCAUCAUUGUUGAGCUUAGCUUUAAAAUGCUAUCCAGAACGAGUCGACUACGUUGAUAAAGUUUGUAAGCAUACGGUUGAUCUAUUGAACAGCUUGGAUGUAGGAAACAUUCCAAACGGUACUCCAUUAUGCAUCGAGCUCACACGGAUGUUAAAGAUCCCGAUCGACAUAUAUGACAGCAUUCUAACUGUUGUAGAAUUGAAAGAUUAUCCGGAACUUUUAUCACGUUUAAGCUACGAACCAAGGAAAGAAAUAGCAGUUUAUAUAGCUAACCGAAUUGUAGAUGUUGCCGUUGAUAUCCCUUCACCGGAAGAGGCUGAAUUUGUGUUUGAGUUGCUCGACCCAUUGAUAAAAGAUCAACCUGAUCAACCUAAUGAAGGAGAGGACCCCGACGAAUUUGCUGAAGAGCAGGGAUUAAUGGGUAGACUGAUUAAUGUACUUCAUUCUGACACUCCAGAUCAACAGUUUAGGAUUUUAAAUACUGCCAGGAAACAUCUUGGUAGCGGAGGCGAUAAGCGAAUCAGUUACACUUUACUUCCUAUAGUAUUCUCUGCUUACAAUCUGGUAAAUUCAUACAAUCUAAUCAAGGAUGAGGUCAGUAUAGAUGAGAAAUGGGAUAAAAAAUGUGACAAGAUAUUUGCCUUUUCCUUACAAACUAUUUCUGCCUUUGUCAAGGCAGAAAUGUUCGAAUUGUCCCUUCGUUUAUACUUGCAGGGAGCUUUAGCUGCUGACCGCCAAGACGAUUACGAGGGUAGAGAAAAUAUUGCUUAUGAAUAUAUUAGCCAGGCUUUUGCUAUCUACGAAGACGAAAUUAGUGAUUAUAAGGCUCAAAUAGCUGCUAUAACGCUAAUUAUUGGCACUUUUGAGCAAAUGUCAUGUUUUGGAGAAGAAAAUCAUGAACCCCUUCGCACACAAUGUGCAUUAGUCGCAUCUAAAUUACUAAAAAAACCAGCUCAGUGUCGAGGGGUUUAUACAAGUGCUCAAUUAUUUUGGUCCGGCAAGACGAAAGACUCUGAGGAGGAGGUUUCUAAAGAUGGUAAACGAGUCAGUGAGUGUUUAAAGAAAUCUCUACGAAUUGCGAAUCAAUGUAUGGAUAAAUCCGUUCAAGUACAAUUGUUUACCGAGGUUCUUGAUCGUUAUCUUUACUUUUACGAGAAGGGGAAUGAACAGGUCGCAGAAUCAACCCUACAACAAUUAAUCGACAAAAUAAAUGAAGAAAUGGCUACACUAGAAAUAAAUGAUGAUAAUGAGCAAAUAAAGAAACAUCUUGAAAAUUCCUUAGAACAUAUUGAACUAAAACAGCAAGAUGAAGAAUCUCCAAUGUACCAAGGUCUUAAUUUGCGCUCCUAA